CACGCGUGUUUAUAACCUGUCCGCUCAGCUGACGCCUGAGUUUCAUUCAGAGAGUCAGCCGAGUUCUUCAGGAUGUAUUCUGAGCUCGAGUGCGGAGUUUGUUACCGGAGGUUCAACUGUGGCCGCCGGUGUCCCCGGGAGCUCGAGUGCCGGCACGUCUUCUGCCAAAGCUGCCUGCUGCUGCUCGCUCAUACCCGGCAGGAGCCCGACGAAACCACCGGCUGCCAAAUCUGCUGCCCGCUGUGUCGACACAUCACCUCCAUCUCCGGCAAAGCCCCGGUCGAGGGUCUCCAGGUGACCCAGAGCGUCCUCGAUGUGCUGCUGGCGGAGGGCGGUCUGGAGGAGGAAGAUCCGGAGGAGGAAGAGCACGGCGGGAAGGAGGUGGAACCCGAGACCGACCACAGCGACUCCAAUGUGGGCACAAGAGGCGGGCGUCUCCGGCGUUCUUUCAGGAAAGUGUGGAUGAAGAUAAUCGGGAAGAGAGAAGGAGAAGACACGUUAUCCGACUCUGACAUCCGGAGCCUGGCGUUGAUGUCCUGCUACAUGCUCUGACCUAACUGACGGGCCAUACAUGCCUCAUCUUAUAGAAGGAAGCGCCCGCUUCAGAGGUGGUGGGACUCGGGCAUGUCGGAUGAAGCUCAUCCUCCUCCACCUGCCAUCAUUUAUUUAUCUCCAUGCAAAAUGUGAUGUUAUUUAACGCUGUCUUUUUGUCUGCUCGUGUGCUGCAAGAGUGGUGAGGGAAUGUGUUAUUGAUGGCAGCAGAGCACCUGCUGUGUUCUCAGAUGAUGUGACAAAUUGUAUAGUCAUAUUUUUAUUUGUAUUCUGAAUAUUUUGUACUGUUUUUAUUUUAUUCUGCAUAUUUUGUACUGUUUUUGACAGUGCGGUUUGUAAAUGAAACAAAACAAUCUUGUUUUGGUUAUUUAUUUUCUUAUUUAAAGAUAUUCUUUCACAGCUUUGUUAUCUCUGAUUCCUUUUUGUGAAAAAAGAAUGAAAAAGUUUAAUUUCAUUAUUGACUUUGUUGUAUGAAUUAUAAAUAACUGUAUUUGGUCAAAUCAAACCUUAAGGAUUCAAUAAAUUAAAAAAUCUGUA